UAGACUGACGUGCAUGCAUGACCUCUAUAAUGUGUGCCUGUAACUAGCUUAGAAUGUCGUACUGGUACAAAAUACACCAAACUAAAAAAAAAAAAAAAAAAAAAAACAAAGAAAGACAUCUGCUAAAAAAUUAAAUAUGGAUGUGUUGAAACUAACAAUGUUCAUUUUAGCAUCUCAAUUCUUGAAUCUCUGCCAUGGUGCUGGGAUAGCUAUUUAUUGGGGACAGAAUGGUGAUGAAGGCACCUUAGCCGCUGCCUGCGCCACCGGAAACUACGAGCUUAUUAACAUUGCUUUCCUAAAUGUAUUUGGCAAUGGUCAAACUCCUGAGCUAAAUUUAGCUGGCCACUGCAACCCAAGCAUUCCCGGUAGUUGCAAAAGCAUAGGAGAUGAUAUUAAGGAAUGCCGAAGGCAAGGAAUUAAAGUACUCCUCUCAUUAGGUGGUGGUAUUGGUAAAUACUCCCUUUCUUCACAAACUGAUGCACGACAGGUAGCAAACUACCUUUGGGACAACUUCCUAGGAGGAACCUCAGACUCACGCCCUUUCGGAAAUGCAGUGCUCGACGGCAUAGACUUCGACAUCGAACUUGGCUCAGGAGAUAACUACGAUAUCCUAGCAAGGGCACUCAAUAGACGCAGCACCGCUUUAAGGAAGAUCUACUUAUCAGCAGCACCACAAUGCCCUUUCCCUGAUGCACAUCUUAGCAAUGCGAUAAACACAGGUUUGUUUGACUAUGUUUGGGUGCAAUUUUACAACAAUGCACCUUGCCAGUACACUAACGGCAACACAGGCAACCUCGUAAGCUCGUGGAACGAAUCGACUACCGUGAAUGCUGGCCAAAUAUUCCUCGGAUUACCUGCUGCACCAGGUGCUGCCGUAAGUGGGUAUAUUCCGCCUGAUGCUCUUAAAAGUCAAGUGUUACCAAUCAUUAGGAUGUCUCCCAAGUAUGGAGGGGUUAUGCUUUGGUCUAGGUUCUAUGAUGCCGGAUAUAGUACUGCCAUUAAGGAUAGUGUGAAUGGUGGAUCUAGUAAUGGAGUUCAUCAUGAGUCUAUUGGCAUCGCAAUAAUUCUUAACUAACCCUCACUCUAUCCCUCAUGAUAUUUUUUUUUUCUUUUUUUUGAGACUAUAUACUAUCUCUGUUUCAUAUUAUUUGCAACAAAUUAAAGGAUAUUAUUCAUGAAAUAUUAAAUUUUUUUUAUUGCAAAUGAUAUGAAAUAAGGGUAAUAACAGACAAACAUUAGCCUACAAGCUAGUAUUAUAUUGUAAUUUUUUUUUUUUUUUUAAACUAUGAGUAUCAAUAAAAUGAUCAAAGAGAUCUUGUAAAAAAAAAAUAUAAAAAAAAAAAUUUAAUCAAAGAGAUCGAGGUGAUAGUAAAUUCUAAG